AUGGAGUAUCAAUUGCGAAAGGCCGAACCAAAGGACGUGCCUGAUAUAUUACGACUGGUGAAGGAACUUGCCAAGUAUGAAGACAUGGAGCACCAGGUGACCCUGACUGAACAAGAGCUCCUGGAGGAUGGCUUCGGUGAAACGCCGUUCUACCACUGCAUCAUCGCUGAAAUCCCAGGAGUGGGCGACAGCCAAGGUGAGGAAGUGGUGGGCUUCGCCAUGUACUACUUCACGUACGACCCCUGGGUAGGCAAGCAGCUCUACAUGGAGGAGUUCUACGUGAUGGACGACUUUCGAGGCCUCGGCAUCGGCUCGGAGAUCCUUCGGCGCCUCAGCGACCUGGCGGUGAAGACGCGUUGCACGGGGAUGAUGUUCGUGGUGGCCGAGAACAACGAGGUGUCCAUCCAGUACUACAAGCGACGCGGUGCCGAAGACCUGUCGCAGGAGGAGGGCUGGAGGCUCUACCGCUUUGACAAAAGCAGCCUGGUCAAGAUGGCCACACCCACCGAGGAGUGA